AUGAGCCUGUGCCCUGCUUUGUCUGGGGGGAAAUGUGCUGUUCUUCUCAUCAAGCCUGAUGAAACUUUGUUUUUCGUCGGCAAGAUACGUUUGGUCCUACUUCAUGGAUCUGUCUCUAUCAUGGGGACAAUUAUCAAGCCAGGAUUUUUUGUUCACAACGUUUUUGCUCCAAGAACCCAUUCGUUGCCUCCAAUCACCGGCCGUGAACUCGAGGAAAGGACAAGCAAUUUUUCCGAUAUGUUUCCGGCCAGGAUUCUGCAUUACCUUGACCCUGUGCAUUCAGUUCUCGCGUUGGGCAGCGACACGAGCGGAAUCGAUCUUCUUUCACGUUUGUCUUCCUCAUAUGAUGUUCUUUUCAAAGUAGAUCACUCCAAUACCGAAUCAAUCCUGGCAGGCUUUUAUCCAUUACAGUGGAUUCCUUCCAACGUUAAUAUUCUCAGAUUCCCCAGCAGCUGGACCAAUGCUUUGCGAGCUGCCGCUGAUUGGGAUUUUUCAUCUACUGCGCAACUUGAUCUUGUGGCUCGCCCCUUUGUUGGUCUCGUCAAAGGUGGAAAGGGCGUAGGGAAGAGCACUUUCGCCCGAAUGCUACUGAAUACUCUACUUACGAGAAAUGAACGAGUGGCUUUUCUUGAUUGCGACAUAGGGCAGUCCGAAUUCACCCCAGGAGGACUCGUCGGCAUACAUGUUCUUGAUCAUCCGAUUUUUGGGCCGCCAUUUACUCAUCAAUCAUGGCCGUAUAAAGCCCAUUUUAUAGGUUCUUACUCGCCCGGUCAACACCCGUCGCACUAUAUUUCAUGCAUUGCUGAUCUUCUGGAAGCUUAUCGCCUAGAUAUCCAGUUCUACGAGAAGGAUGAAGAAAUGCACUCCGUUCCAUUGGUCGUUAAUACUCAAGGUUGGAUUAGAGGCCUAGGCGGAGAGCUCUCGUCGCAGAUCGAAAGCAUGGCAUCUCCUUCCCAUUGUUUCGACUUUGAGGGUGGCGAGGAUGUGGCGAUGACCCGGACACCUGGAUGGUCAUCGCGGAGCUCGUCCUCUCGAUCACAUACAUUGUGGUUGGCCCCUCAACGACGUCCAAAUUCGCGAUACACGAGUGCGGACCUGCGGAAUUUAUCCGUGAUGUCCUACUUGCAUUUUUCCCCACUCCGCAAGCCACUUUGUGCUAUGCCUCCGUGGGAAAUCAACACUGUUGUCGCAUAUGAUUCAAUCCGGUUGUUAGGGAAUGGGGGUGAAGAUGUGGAGACCGGUGUCAUCAGCGACGCACUUAGAGGCGGGCUCGUUGGCCUGAUCGUGGACUCCGCGAGCGAAGCCCUCCCGAGGAAGGGGGAUCUGUCGAUUCCGUACGAACGAUCGGUUUCGUUCCCUUCGCCAUCGACAUCUCGGUGUCUUGGGCUUGGGGUUGUUAGAUGGAUAUCUGGAGACGCCAGAACACUGCAUAUGGUGACGCCGCUGCCCGGAAAGGAUCUGGCGAGCUGCAGAUGCAUCGUCAAAGGCGAUAUGGAAUUGCCACUUUGGGCAUUUCUACCAUACGCAGUUGACGAUUUGGAUAGUAAGAGCGAUUUAGAGUCCCAAUUUGUGAAUGCGCCAUUUUUGGUUUGGGGCACCACCAGUAGCACAGGAGCGGGGGAGGGAAUUUGGAAGAGACGAAGUGUUCUGCGUCGCAAUUUGCGCGUUACAAACAAGGGCUAA